UUAAAGAAGCUUGUUUAAAUACUGAAGUGCUUGAAGACAUUAUGGAAACCGAUUUAAUAUACAGUGAUCCAGAUCUCAAUAAAUCUUUGCUACGUGACAUAGAUACAAUGAGUACAAAAUCGGCAUAAUAAAUAUUAGUAUUAAAGAAAAGCAGUACAAUGAUGUUAUUAAAAUAAUAAACAAUAUGCCAGAUAACAAACGAAAUACAAGACCUGGUUUAUCUCUCUUGGCAUAUUGUUAUUAUUAUACAGAUGACUUCCAAAAUGCAUCAAUAAUAUAUGAGCAACUUACCACUCUUUGGCCUCAAGCAACUGAUUAUAGGGUUCAUUAUGCCCAAUCGCUUUAUUCAGCUGGACAAUAUGAAGAUGCACUUCGAAUAACAAAGAAAAUUACAGAAAAUGGUUAUGAAAAUAAAGUACAUAAGUUGACUGCAGCAAUAUUAUAUGGAAUGGAAGAUAUUGCAGGUGCCAGAUCUUAUUUAGAAAAUAAUGUAGGUCUUAAAGAUGAUCCAGAUAACGACAUAAAUUAUGGGUGUCUUCUUUAUAAGGAAGAAAAGUAUGAUGAUGCUCUUCAAAAAUUUUUAAAUGCUCAAGCUGUUGUAGGAUAUAAACCACAUUUAUCAUAUAGUGUAGCAUUAUGCUAUUACAAGUUAAAAGAUUUUAAUUUAGCCUUAAAACAUUUAGGUGAUAUUAUUGAGAGAGGAAUAAGAGAACAUCCUGAACUUGGAAUUGGUAUGACUACUGAAGGAAUAGAAAUGAGAAGUGUAGGUAAUACAUUAACUUUACAUGAAUCUGCACUUGUGGAAGCUUUUAAUUUAAAGGCAGUUAUUCAAUAUGAAAAAAAUGAUUUUAAUAGUGCAUGUGAAGCAUUAACAGAUAUGCCACCCAGAUGGGAAGAGGAACUUGAUUCUGUUACAUUACAUAAUCAAGCACUAUGCUCUAUAGAUAUAACUCCCACACAAGGAUUUCAUAAACUACAGUUUCUCUUGCAACAACCUAAUUACCCUAAAGAGACAUUGCAGAACUUAUUAAUUUUGUAUUGCAAACAUGGUUACUAUGAUUUAGCAUCUGAUGUUUUAGCAACAUACUCACCUACUAAAGACAAGCAUUUAUCAUUAUAUAUUCGAGAAUUUGUGGAUGCUGUGAUUGCACAACAGUCGUCACCAGAUGAUGCUUAUCGUAAACUAGACAAUAUGAGUAAUAAAUUAGCAGAAGCUUUACGUAAAGCUACAAGAACUGUGCAAGAAGCAAGAGAAGCAAGAGAUGAUAAAAGUGCAAAAAGAGCAUUACUUGACUAUGAAUAUACACUUGAAAAAUUCAUUCCAGUAACAAUGGCUCAAGCAAAAAUUUAUUGGGAUCUUGAAAACUAUGCUCAAGCAGAAACUAUUUUUUAUAAAUCUGUCGAAUUUUGUAAUGAAAAUGACACAUGGCGCUUACACGUUGCUCAUGUUUUAUUUAUGCAAGAGAAAUUUAAAGAAGCUAUUGCGUUUUAUGAACCCAUUGUAAAAAAAAAUUACAACAGUAUUUUGUCUGUAAGUGCUAUAGUUUUGGCAAAUUUAUGUGUAUCUCACAUCAUGACAGCACAAAAUGAAGAAGCUGAAGAGCUCAUGAGAAAAAUUGAAAAGGAAGAAGAACGGCUAUACUAUCAAGAACCAGACAAAAAAGUUUAUCAUUUAUGUAUUGUCAACCUUGUAAUUGGUACUCUAUAUUGUUCAAAAGGUAAUUAUGAGUUUGGAAUUUCUAGAGUAAUUAAAAGCUUGGAACCUUACAACAAAAAACUUGGAAUGGAUACAUGGUUUUAUGCAAAAAGAUGUAUGUUAUCACUAAUUGAAAAUAUGGCCAAACAAAUAGUAGUGAUGCGGGAUUCAUUUUACAAUGAAUGUUUAGGAUUUUUGGAUCAAUGUGAAUAUCAUGGAAAAGAUGUUAGAACAAUGCCCGAAGUAGAAACAACAGAUAAGAAAGAGCUGAAUAAUGUAACUUGUGAAGCUAGACUUAUUAAAUCACUUUUACUGCGUUUACUAGAAUAUUGAAAUAACUGCAACUACAUUUUCAAAUAUUUUUAAUGUUAAUUUAUUGAAUUUAUAGAUAUUGAUGUAUUGACAGAGUUAAUUUUACUAUAUGUAUAAAUGAACUGAAAUACGUACCAAACAUAUUUGUUAUAUAUUUCGAAUUUUUUUAAGUACAUGAUUACAGAAAUCAAAAAUAUUAUUAGACCGCUUUUGAAAAUUUAAUUGAAUUUAAACUUUGACUUAAAAAAAUUUUUUAUUUUAAGUUUGAUUUAAGUUUUAAAAUUUAUUCCAUACUACUUUUGGUUUCUACAAUAAACAAUCUCACAAUUUAAAAAAAAAAAAAAA